CGGGCGGGCGGCGGGGCCAUGGAGGCGCCGGCGGUGGCGGCCGGCUCGGCGGGCCGCGGGCCCAUCAAGGGCAUCCUCAAGAAGGGCGGCAGCAAGCUGGCGGCCGCGGAGUCGGUUCCCGGUGCGCGGCGGGCCAGCCCGGCCCGCGACGAGGACGAGCAUGGUAAAAAAUCCCAGAAGUGGGAUGAAAUGAACAUCAUAGCUACCUACCACCCAGCAGGCAAAGACUAUGGCUUGAUGAAAAUAGAUGAGCCGAGUACUCCAUAUCACGGCAUGAUAGGAGAUGAUGAGGAUGCAGUGAGUGAUUCAGAGUCAAACGAGCCCUUAAAAGCAGAUGUGUUAAGUAAAAAACUGGCAGCUGCAGCUGAAGGUAAAGGACCUAAGGUUAUAGCAAAGCAAGAGGAAAGCAGUGAGGAGGAGGAGGAGGAUGAGGAUGAAGAAUUAACACCUGAAGAACGAGAGAAAAAGAAACAGUUUGAAAUGAAGAGAAAAAUGCACUACAAUGAAGGACGAAACAUCAAACUGGCAAGACAGCUCAUUGCAAAAGAGCUACACAGUGAAGAGGAGGAUGAGGAUGAAGAGAUGCAUGAUGCUGCAGAUGUAGAAACAAUGAAUACAGAAGCUACCGAACAUGCACACGCUACUCGUGACCAUCUGGAAAGUAGAGCACACAGCAUAGAAGAAAUCUGUCCAGAACUGUAACUGCUUAUCGAAGACACAAAUAUAAACAUUGCUUCAUGAUUUUUGCAAUUAAGGCUCUUAAAUAUUGAGAAGCAUAUCAGUUACAAUGUUGUAUUUGCCAAGAAUGUUAAUUUUAGACUUGUCCUUUAGGCAGAAAAAAACUGCCUAAUUGAUUUAUUCUUGUGCCUAGUAUUGAAUGGAGAAUACUGCUUCAUAAUCUGUUCAGCCACACCGGCAUUCCCUGUACGUACAAUGCUGAUGAUCUUGCGUAAUGUACCGUUACUCUUCAUGCUUCAAAACGGUAUCUUUUGGUUUGUCACUAUUUAUUUUAAGACAGUGUUUUAGGUGUGGUAUCUCUUAAGGAAGGGUUUGGGAUUUAAGAGCCAAACGGUACAGCAUAUAUCAGAUUGACAUGCAAGCUAUUUAUCAGAUUGUUCAGCAGUUUAAAAAGGGAUUAUUUCAGUCUUAUAACUUUUUUUUUGUAAAGCAUUGAACUGUUAAUUCAGAUUUCAGUCUGUCAUUACCCGUGCUUUCCCAGUCUUUAGAAGAAGAAGAGCUGUAUUAUUUUUUAAGAAUGGUGUUUGGAAUCGGUUGCUGGUUUCUGACUAAGGCAGUACUGGUGGAGGGAAUGUGUUUACACUGGAAAUGUGCUAACUUGAACUUUGCAUUUAACUGUCAUUUUCUCUUCCGCUGGGACUGGCUGUUUUAUGGAGCUCUUUUCUUGGCUUAUCAUGAGAACACGGAAGUUCCCCCCCAUCUUUUCUCUUAAAAUCAUGUUCUCUUCUGGCUCGUUUCAAACUCUUGGUCCUUUCCAGUUGCAUGAAGAAUGCUUGUGCUACUAGCACCUGAGGAGAAACACCCAACCAUGAGCAAAUCCACACCAGGACUGUGAAGAUGAACUGAAUUUUAGGCUCUGUCUGUUCUUUAUAUAAAAGAUAACUGAUAAUGAUCUCCUACUCACUUGGGGUUGGCAACCUCCGUACUGAAAACCACUAGUCUAAAUCUUCCUGUAUCCACUGCAACUUACAGCAGCUGCUUUGGUAAAAUGAAGGCUGUUUGGAAUGAUAGAAGGGAAACUGCUGAAUUCAAAUACUUGUUUACAGUUUGGGUGUAUGCCCCUGUAAAGAUGAUUCUGAACCUCCAGGUAGUUGUAAACAACUUCCCACUGGGUGGAAUUUGAUCAGUAUUCAGAAUAGUUUCUGGGUUUUACUACACAAAUGAAGUACACACUUAAGCUUUAGCUUGGUUAUGGAAUACAGUGUAUAUCUUAAUUGUGAUCUGAAUUCGAUAUGUUACAAAAAUCCAUAUGAUAAUAUGGAUCUAUUUUAAAAUGUCUUUUUGUCCAUUGUAUAUUUGAAGUUUGAAUAAAGGAAUGAAACUUAUUUUACAGUUAUAUGCGUUCUCAAGUGUGAGCUUUCGUGGAAAUCUCAGAGACUGAGCAUGAAUAAGGAAAUAGGAUGCUGUCCUUUUAAAGAUUUAUACAGGAAUAAUCCAUUACAAUGAAUGCAUUGCCAAAGAUAACCCAUGAGUUGUGCUAACUGGGUGUGGUAGUGUGCCUUUCCCUACUAUUUCCUCCCCCUAGUAGGUAACAGUUGUGUCAGUAGUGGCAUAUUUAGUAUUCAAAAGGCCUGAAUGAGGAUUAAUAGUAUCUUUAACAAGAAAGAAUUGCACUCUUGAUGCAGUCCAGCGUGGUGAUGCUGAUUUUUUCAAUAUGGAGAAUGUUUUUUUUUUUCCUUAGUUCAAGCAUAGUCACUGCUGUAGAAUUAACAGAGGCAAAGAGUAAUAAACAUUUAGAUACUGCUGACUCCUAAAAUCACUUCCUGUAGCUUGAACUUUGGCUUCCAAGAAUAGGAUUUCAAAACUUCAAGUUUGCCCCUGUUCUGUACCUGCUUGCCACGCUCAGGUGGUUGGAAAGUCAGCACUGACCCACAUUCCCAAGUGAGGAACUGAGGUCCUGGUGUGCCCCAGCACUGCAGGUGUGUCCCACAGCAUGGGGCAGUGCAUGGCACAGCCCUCCUGCUUUCAGCCCAGAGCACAAGGGCAUCAACGUUUGUCCAGUGGGCACAGCCCAUGCUGCCAUGCUGUAAAAAAACAGAUGGUUUGCAUUUUGUGAUAAGUACAAGUGGGUACUUUGUACCUGCAAUUAGUGCUGCUUCAGAUGGAUUCUGCUUUAAGUCCUGCCCUCCUUUCCCCACACUGUGUCCAAGACCUCAUUUCCAUUUUGGUGCUCAACAGGGGUGCUUUGUACCCUACAAUGCCUGCAAAGCAUUUUGUUUAACAAAAAACCCCUUUGUGAACUUUCAGUAAAGUUCUUUCCUGUAAUAGCUUCCCAUGUCCUGGAUGAAAUGGGUAUGUAGCCUUGAAGGAGGUACUGUAUAUGUAAAUGCAUGAAGAUGGUUUUAAAUGAACCUCAGAAUGUACAGUAGGUCCCUUCACCAGUGAGAUGACUUUGAGCUGUCUGGGUGAUCUCCCUUCUUCCGUGCCACUCAGCCCCCCAGUUUUAGUUGGAUGCCAUUUCCUUCUAUUCUGGGAAAUAGCAAUUCUAGAUGUCUGAGGAAUGGGGAGGAGAGAAGAAAUGUGCCUUGCAUGCACAUCAUAAUCUUGGGGUACAUAUGGUAAAAGCUGAUUCGGGUAGUAAAGAGGAAACAAAAGAUAUGCAGCUUUCCCUCAUGUGGACAUUGAGCUCCACAGCAUUGUAAGGGUGAAGCUACCUGCAUAGGUCUAAGUCCUCAAGCUAUAUCCUAUUUAGAGAAAAUAUUUUCAAUAUGCUUCCAAUAGGAAGAUCACUUGCAAAUAAGAGCAUUAACUCUGUCUUUCAAGGGUUUUUUUCUAUCCUGAAAGUUUCUUUCACAGAGUUGUACAAAAGUCAUUGAAAUGGGAAAUAUUUUUCUCUGCAGAUUGCUCUUGUGUUAAACUUGUAUAUCUUGCCAGAACUCUUUGUUUCUGUAACAUGCUUUUUGUGGUGUUUAUUAUGAUGCCACCUCACAAAUGUAAUUAUUCUGUUUGAAGCUAGUGUGAAGUGUCACAACAGAAAUA